AUGGCUUCUGAGGACGAGUCGCAAGGUAAUGAUCAUCAUCACGAUGAGACCGAAUGGGAAGCGCACAAGGAGAACUUUCGAAGAUGUUACAUGGACAACAACAUGACUCGCAAGGAAGCAGCACUGUUCAUGAAGAACGUCUUCGGCUUCGACGCAACUCCACGACAGUGGGAACGCAGAAUCAAACAAUGGGGCUUUCAAAAAUACUCCACUCGCGAAGAGAGAAUGCAUCAGAUCGCCCAAACGGGCAAAACAGUCCUCGAUGUCAGUAAACCUGGACGACGGCCUCGCGCGCAGAGCAACAACAGCCUCCAUCCUCGUGAGGAUAGAAAUCUUCGCCGAUUUGCCCGUCGAGAAGUGAGUCGUUCGAGGUCAAGAACGAGGUCUAACUCUUUCACCAACUCUUCGCGGCCUGACUUAGGGGACGAAUUUCAAGAGGCUGGGCAAUCCACCUUUGAUGAACAACCCUUCAAUCCGAACUUUGCGAGCCCUCCAUUAUUACAGCCUCAAACCAGUGUUGGAUACAUUCCUACCAUUACAGCGACCGGACCACAUCCAGAACAUCUGAUGCAGUUGAAUUAUACUCAGGGACAAAAAGCGCCUGACCUCGAUAGAACUGCCGGUCACGACGGGCUAUUCACGGUCGACAAUAGAAAAUGGAAUGGUCCACAGGUCCCUUCAUCAACAAACCAAUGGAAUUCCUCUGAAAGCCGCGCUCACAUGCAACAAUUUCCUCCUAAUUUGUUAUCUCAGACCUCCAUGGAUCGGACUGUACGGAAUCCAAAUGGAUCCUACCUGAAUGAAGCCGAGCCUCCACUCGGCUUUCAGAUGGGUGGCUCAACAGCACUUUCGAAUGCACAAUAUGACUUUGGCGUUUCAAGGGAUAGUAUUGGAAUAAAUCCGAACGUGCUCAGUAACAAUUCGAUGUCUGAACAGCAAUUGUACGACCAGAACUUACAACAUACACAAGUUUCAACAGUCGUCGAUGAGACAGACUUUAACUCGAUUAACUUUCAGUUCGAUGUUGUUGAUGUCGACUCUGUACCGUCACAGCUUAACAUUAACGAGGACAAUUUUAACCCGAUUCCACCUGUGUCAGGAGGGUUUUCCGGCACGAACGCAUCAGUAUUCGGUAUCAAUUUUACCGGACCGCUGCAGAACGAUGUUGGUCCAUUGGUGGAAGAACUCAUCAGAAACAUGCGAGACGUUGCUAUAAUGGGAGACGGUACCGGACUUGAACACAAAUUAAGCGCAGAAGCCCAAUUUUUUACCGAUCGAUUGGCUAUUGUGUUGGACAACUUCACGAAGUCACAGCAGCGGGCAGUUCAAGACAUGCGGCGGACUUGUAGCAACUUACGGGAAAGGAACAAAAUUCUCGAGACUAUGCUUGCUGCAUCGCAAAUACAGCCCAGCAUUCCACCAGAAGCGCAUCCUCACCACUCGUCACUUCCACUCCAACCCUCGAACUACGGGAACCUGUACCAUCAGCCCUUG